GCGGUUGGUUGAAUGAAUUGGAAAUGGAAGCAGGCAAACAGUAUCACUGCUAACUCUGCUAGAGGCGUACACACAUUAGAGAUAGAGGAGUGUUGCUCUUGGCUAGGGCUCGAUUCUGUUGUCGCGGCGAUCCAGGCAGUCCAUAAGUGGUGCUUCGUGGCGGCGGUUCGCGAUUUUUAUCCGCAGUGCUGUAUGUGUGUUUGCUUGCUCGUGCGGAUCGUAAUUGUUUCGAUGGGACGGAGAUUUGUGCAACCGGGAGUGACUUUGUGAUUUAAUGUGAUUUCAGCAGCUACCGGAGUCGCACAGGUGUGUGGAAAUGGGUACUGAGUAAUUACGGUCGCGGUUCAGAGAUUCCAGCAAUGAGAUGAAUGUACGUGAAUGAAGAAUGUAUUAAUUCAACAAACAUAAAAGUAAUAACGAAAUUAUUUGGAAAUCCCCACGGGACUCACAAAAAAGGUAGUUUGUCAGAAUGAUGGAAGUUAGUGAAGUUCCUCAACAGCCCUCACAGCAGCAACAACAGAACCAAUCACAGUUGCCGCUGGAUUUUAGUGUAACCAUGGUGAAUAUUAAGUUGAACAAUCUGAAUGUGAAUUUGAAUACGAACAACAACAGCAUCAGCAUACUGAAUAACAAUAACAACAGCAGUAGUGUACAUGGUCAACAUUUGGGACCGGUAGGGUCUCCGCCGAAUGGUGCAAUGGGAGGAAGCGGUCAUCAGGAUACGAUGAGUUCCUUGUUGGCAGUGCAUCAGCACCAUCAGCAAAACGGAGCUGCUGCUGGUGGUGGUGGAGCUAUGAAUGGUAGUGGUGGAAAUGGAAACAGCAGCACGGCUGCUCUAACAAGUGCGUUCAAGGUGGUGCUGCCACGAGGGAAGGCCGACGUUUCAUCCAACGGUCUGUCACCCCUUCUUAUCAACAACGAACUACUGGUAAAUCACUACCGACGGUUACUGCACCCAGCGUCAGUUUCUCGGCUUCCCAACGGCACCAACUCAUCCACCAGCAACAGUUACGAUGACGUUAUAGACGUGCAAAAAAUCAACAGAGAUGAAAUCAAAUUCGGCAUCAGCCGGCUGGUCAAGAACGAAUCGGAGGACGAGGACAACAACAACGUGUACCAUCCAGUGAGCCACGUGGGCCUGAACGGGUACGAUUCGAGUAGUUUAAGUGUGCGGUCGCGAUCCCGCAGCCGAUCGAGGUCCCGGGAUCGAUCCACUCGAUCGCGGUCAUCGUCGAUAGAACUGGAAGUAGACUCGCCACCUCCACCACCGCGGAUCAGUGUGUCACCGACGACGGAGAUUUCGCACAUCCCGAAAAACUCGGAAGCCUUCUCGGUUUCGGCUUUGCUGAAGCGCGAAAACGAACCCAAGUCCAAGUCGCCUUUGUCGAACAGUUCGUUCGAAUGUGUUAGACCAAACUAUUCCCAGUUCUAUGAACAAAGCCUUCUAAGCCGGCCGCUGUUUCAUCCAUUUCCAUUCUUCGCGAUGCUUCAGCAGCACGGACACCAGUUGAAUCCAGCCUUAAGCAAUCUCUCCCGCAGCUAUCACCCCUCUACGCCGGAGGAUCUGCUUAGGUUACGACAUUUUAUGGCUCAGAAUGCGGCGGCAGCCGGUGCUGUUGUGGCUGGUGGAGGUGGUAACGGACCUUCGCCGGCUCACCUGGAUUUCAACCACCCGCAUCAUCCUCAUCACCUGCUAAUGCGACCAGAAGUGCACGCGCGGAGGUCACACAACGGAAAACGGCCGUACGCAUGCGAGAUGUGCAACAAGACGUUUGGCCACGAAAUUAGUUUAAGUCAACAUAGAGCUGUGCAUAGUGUAGAGAAAGUGUUCGAAUGUAAACAAUGCGGGAAGGCGUUCAAGCGAUCCAGCACGUUGUCGACGCACCUGCUGAUCCACAGCGACACGCGACCGUACCCAUGUGGAUUUUGCGGGAAACGGUUUCAUCAGAAGAGCGAUAUGAAGAAACACACCUACAUCCAUACCGGUGAAAAACCCCACAAAUGCCAGGUAUGCGGCAAAGCGUUCAGCCAAAGCUCGAAUCUGAUAACCCACUCGCGGAAGCACACCGGUUACAAACCGUUCCAGUGCGAGCUCUGCCACAAGGCAUUCCAGCGCAAGGUGGACCUCCGGCGGCACAAGGAGACCCAGCACACGGAAAUGCGCGCCAUGGUCAACUAACCAAAGGCCCUCCCGGAAUUCACCGUUUAUUCGCCGCCGUCGUCGUCGUCGACAACAUCGUCCUCGUCUGCUGCUGCCGCUUUACCACAGAUAUCUGCUGUGACGUCCCUGGCGGACGGAAGCGUUAGCAUCGGACUAGGUGCUCUCGGGCCUGGCAGUUUCCUGCUGCCAUCGUCCAUGGCCACCACCGGCGAUGGGGAAUUCAUCGUGAUUGACUGAUUUUAACGAGAUACCGGGUGUGUACAUCGUUAUAGGGCAGAAUCAAAACUAUUAAAAGACAGGAAAUUGUUUGUGACUGUACUAGUACCAAUCUAUUGUAGGUGUUUAAUGUAUAUAGAGAACUGUAAAUAGCUUAGAGAACUUAACUAGAAGAAUAUUAGAAAGUAGCUACACUUUCCUUCUGUUGUGUCUUGUUUUUGUUUGUAAAACUUAAAUUUAAACCGUACUGUUCACUAUUUUAGCUAGGGAAUUCCAAUUAUCUCAUAAUGCGCUGUACCAAAACUAACUGUAGUCCCAAAAUAAAGGUAACAAUAUGUAAAUCUGUGAAUGGGUUCUGACUUUCUUAUUUGUUUGAACACUGUAAAUAAAACGAAAAGGCCAAUUUUGGCCAUGUUUGUAAAGAUCUAGCAGAAGUAAACCUAAGUAUCAUUGUAUCAAAUCUCCGGGACGCAGACUACAUCGAUGAAUAAAACCUUAAUGUGCAAUUUUCAUAAAGCCAAAGAA